AUACCAGAACUGGCCUACCAUGGGUUGUAUUUGCUGUGCUCCCCAGUUCAUAGUGAAGGAGAUAAGGUUAUCAGUUAUAUUUUCCAUCAAAUGCUCAAUGUAAUAUUAAUGUUAGAAGCAGGUGAAGGAUCCCAUCACACCUGCCUUACUAUUACUUCCCAAGUCAUCAAUCAGAGAAACCAGGCAGUCCGGUUUAUCAGCUCACUUGUGGAUGAACUGAGGGAGAGCAUAUUCCCAGUCCUCCAUGUCUUACUGCAGCACAUCUGUGCCAAGGGGACAGAUAAAUCAGAGUAUCGGACCUCUGCAGCACAGGCCCUGGUCCGGCUGCUCAGUAAACUUCCCUGUGGGGAGUACGCUACAUUCAUUGCCUGGCUUUAUAAAUAUUCACGAAGUUCCAAGAUCCCACACCAAGUUUUCACUCUUGAUGUGGCCUUAGCUGUGUUAGAACUGCCUGUAAGAGAGACGGAUAACACUCUCUCCUUCUAGCAUUGGAAGUUCCUAAAGCAUAAGUUCUUGGUGCAGGACAUUAUGUUUGACCGUUGUUUAGACAAGGCACCUACUGUCCACAGCAAGGCGUUGUCCAGCUUUGCAUAUUAUCUGGAACUGACUGUUACCAAUGCAUCAGAGAGUAUGUUGGAAUUCCUAAUUAACAGUCCUGCAGUUUCAGGAAUAGACAGUCACCCUGGUACCUUACUGAGAAAUUCCCCAGCUUUUUCCUAUCAAUGGCAGACAGUUAACCGUUCUGAACCAGGGGAUGUCAACAUAGACAGUGGUGGUGAAACAGUUGGAUCUGGGGAAAGAAGUGUCAUGGCGAUGCUAAGAAAGAGGAUUAGGGAUGAGAAGACCAACGUUAGGAAGUCUGCACUCCAGGUGUUAGUGAGUAUUUUGAAACAUUGUGAAGUCUCAUAUAUGAAGGAAGACCUGUCAAUUCUGCAGGACCUGUGUCGAGACCCUGCAGUGUCUGUCCGGAAGCGGGCCCUACAGUCUCUUACUGAACUUCUUAUGGCCCAACCUCGAUGUGUCCAUAUUCAGAAAGCCUGGCUGAGGCGGGUAGUCCCCGUGGUGAUGGACUGCGAGAGCACCGUGCAGGAGAAGGCCCUGGAGUGCCUCGACCAGGUCCUGCUGCAGAACAUCAAGCACCACAGUAAAUUGCACACUGGGGACGACAGCCAGGUGCUGGCUUGGACACUUCUUGCUCUCCUCACCACAGAAAUCCAGGGACUGAACUGCUAUCUAAAUAAAGCUUUUCAUAUCUGGUCCAAGAAAGAUAAAUUCUCACCCACUUUUAUAAACAACGUGAUAUCUCACACUGGCAUGAGACAUUCUACACCAGCCUGGAUGCUGCUCUCCAAGAUUGCUUGCUCAUCACUCAAGCUUGACUACACCAAAAUAAUAGAGCCCUGGGAGAAAAUCAGCAGUCAGCGAAUCCCAAUUCUGACACCUUCGGAAUGUAUUAUUGGGCAUAUUGCAAAGCAUCUUCCUAAGAGUACCCAGAACAAAGUGACUGAUGUUAUCAAGGGUAAGCUGAAUGGAUUUUAGUGGUCUCUAGAAUUGAUGAGUUCAGCUGUUGACACCCUGCAAAGGCUUUAUAGAGCAUCUGCAGAGAUAGCAGUGGAGGAAGAGGAGCUCCUGAAGCAGGUGUGUGGGGAUGUGCUCUCCACCUGUGAGCAUCGCCUGGCCAACAUCGUUCUGAAGGAAGGUAGAGCAGGAAACCUGGAUGAAGACCUGCUGGUGAAGUACAUUUUUACCUUAGGAGAUAUAGCCCAACUAUGUCCAGCCAGAGUGGAGAAGCGAGUCUUCCUUCUGAUUCAGUCCCUUCUGGCUGCUUCCGCUGAUGCGGAUCACUUACCAUCAUCUCAAGGCAGCAGUGAUGAUGCCCCAGCAUGUCAUGCACCCUCCCAGGUCAGAGGCUCUGUCAUGCCUUCUGUUAUUAGAGUGCACGCCAUCAUUACCUUAGGUAAGCUGUGCCUACAGCACGAGGAUCUUGCAAAGAGCAUCCCAACCCUCGUGCGAGAGCUUGAGGUGUGCGAGAACCUGGCUGUCCGCAACAACGUCAUCGUGGUGAUGUCCAAUCUUUGCAUCCACUACACUGGCGUGGAGGACAAGUACAUUCCCAACAUCUCCAUGUGUCUGAAGGAUUCAGAUCCAUUCAUCCAAAAGCAGACACUCAUCUUGCUUACCAAUCUCUUGCAGGAAGAAUUUGUGAAAUGGAAGGGCUCUCUGUUUUUUGUCAGCACUCUGAUAGAUUCACAUCCAGACAUUUCCUGCUUUGGGGAGUUUUGCCUGGCUCAUCUGUUGCUGAAGAGGAACCCUGUCAUGUUCUUCCAAUACUUCAUCGAGUGUAUUUUCCACUUCAAUAACUAUGAGAAGCAUGAGAAGUAUAACAAGUUCCCCCAGCCAGAGAGAGGGAAGCGGCUGUUUGGACUGAAGGGAAAGUCAAACAAGGAGAGACGAAAGAAAAUCUACAAAUUUCUUCUAGAGCACUUCACAGAUGAACAGCGAUUCAAUAUCACUUCCAAAAUCUGCCUUAGUAUUUUGACGUGCUUCGCCGAAGGCAUCCUGCCCCUGUACCUGGAAGCCAGUGAGUUCUCUGAUAUGUUUGAGGUCCUCAGCUCAAAGGAGAUCAAACUUUUGGCAAUGAGAUCUAAACCAGAUAAGGACCUCCUUGUGGAAGAAGAUGACAUGGCCUUGGCAAACAUAGUCAUGCAGGAAGCCCAGAAGAAGCUCACCUCACAAGUUCAGAAAAGGAAUUUCAUAGACAAUAUUACUCCAAUUAUCAUCUCCCUGAAGACUGUGCUGGAGAAAAAGAAGAUCCCAGCCUUGCGAGAACUCAAGAACUAUCUCAGGGAGCUGAUGCAGGAUUACUGAGAUGAAGUCAAGGAUUUCUUUGCAGUUGACAAACAACUGGCAUCACAACUUGAGCACACACUCAGGCCUGUGCGUCGGGUGCACAGAGCACUUUGGAGGGACCCCUCAGCCUAG